AUGAGUAAGAACUACUUGAGCAUGAACACUGAGCUGCGGAAGGGAGAUCUCCUGGUGUCCAACAACGGGGAAUACAAGGCCAUUCUCCAGGAGGACGGGAACUUCGUGGUGUACGGCUGGAAGCCGCUGUGGCACACCAAUACCGCCCGCAACACGGAGGGUCUCCGCCUGAUCAUGCAGGGCGACUGUAACCUCGUCCUGUACGCCAACAGGAAACCCGUCUGGCAAACCAACACGGUCAACAAGAGUCCUCUAAUGUGCCGCCUGACCCUGACCAACGACGGCUUCCUGGUGGUGGAUAACGACAUGGUGGAGCUGUGGAAAUCCACCAAGAAUCUGUAAACAAUCAGUCGUGUCCCAAAACUUAAUGAGUUUCGUUCCUGCUCUUG